UACCAUGGAUGUCUCACCUGUGGAAUUAAUUAUCGUCAAAAAGAUCAUGGAUGGCCCAGUUAACCACUUCACAUUUCCUAAUAAACAAGCUGAGCCACAGCGUCUCUGCUCACUUUUCUACAGGACUCUAACCAGCUGCGACACUGAUCCUUCCGUCAGGAUGCCGAGCCAACUUGAAGGUGCAAUGGAUGCUCUGAUAACAGUUUUCUACAAUUACUCUGGAAAUGAUGGAGACAAAUACAAACUUAAUAAGGGCGAGUUGAAGCAAUUACUAAACAGCGAACUCACCGACUUCCUCACGUCACAGAAAGAUCCAAUGCUGGUGGAGAAAAUCAUGAACGACCUGGACUCAAACAAAGACAACGAAGUGGAUUUCAAUGAGUUUGUUGUGUUGGUGGCGGCCCUGACUGUCGCCUGCAAUGACUUCUUCCAAGAGCAGCAGAAGAAGAAAAAGUAGACAUCCCAAAGAAAUCCACUGAAAAUCUUUAGCCACCCUUCUUCGCACAUUUAUUCUGUCAUAACUUACAGAUUUUACAAGAAUUCACUUACAUUAAAGACAAACAGUAACAUUUCUAAUGCCAACACUCUCUUGCACGACGCAUAGUAGACAUAAAAAAUGAAACUGCAUGACAAAAAAGUAAACACUUGGUGAAACUCAAACCAAAUUAGCUUCGAAGUAGUAGCUAAACAUGUAAAGUGUCCUUAUAUUGUGUUGUCUGUCAUGUCUUUAUUGUGUAUGUAUUAAUAUUUUCACCUGAUUUUGUCCGUGAAAAAUGAAAUAUGGUCAAAUCUAGUGGCAUUUACCUUCACAGAGAUACCUUAGUCAUUGAAAAAUAGUCCUAAACCAUCCUGUCAUCAUUUUUUUUACUGUUUGUUUGAGCAGAUGUCCCAACAGAGACUCCCUGCCUCCCUAAUGCUUAGGUAAAAUGUCAAAGUUGAAUUUAUCAUGUUUGUCACAGCUAAAUUAUGUAUUUAAUAGAAUGAUCAUUUUAGUCCUGUCAGUCUACAUUCCCAAGGAGAAAUACAUCUUAAGUGUACUGGUUGAACAUUACUGUAAUAAGAGUUUAC